AUGUGGGGCCAACUGGUCCACUUUUACCGCAUGGAAGGCUGCGGCCCGGAAGCAAAGUACAAACUCAUGUUUCUGACGGCAUUGAUCUGUUUCGGAGAAGAGAUAAACAUGCGAGCUAUCCCAACUCUGAUCGCUUUCGCCAUCCUUGACGACCUCAAAACUAUCGAUCUACCAUCGUGGCCGUCAUACUCGCAAUUUCGUCCAGGAUUUCGCCCAAAGAUUGACUACCUGAGACAACUGCUAACCCCCUGUGCUCAACCGUCCCCGCCCGCAAAUGCGCAAUCCCAGAAUCAAAAAGGAAGAAAAGCAGCUGAAUCUGCAAGAAAGCUACACGAAGUCAGUGUCGCCAGACGGCUGGUCGCUCUCGCAGAGUUCUUGUGCGAUCAGUGGCCCCGUCCUCUACCAAAUUUCGAUGGGUUCUCAACCGACAUCUUAGACUUGGAGAAGGCAUCGUCGUUGAUUGCAGUGGAAUGGAAUGCCAUGUUUAGGAAUCACAAGUUCGAAGAACAUAUGCGACAAGUUCAGGAAGUGUUAGAUAAGCAUCGCUCGCCCGAACCAUUAAGAGAAGGAGGCCUUUCCAAACACGCUCCAUCACUAACUGUACCACGUGGAUUCCCCUUGAUAUGCCCUCACCUACUCAAAAAGGACGGGCCUAGGGUCAAAGCCCACCAAACAAAGGUUCAAAAUCGAGCUUCUUGUCACGCAGCGAGGACGCCCGCCAGUCAUUCGCAUCAGGACAUCCGUGGAUUGAGACGAAUCGUUCAGCGAAUGUCUACCUCGAAGUCCUUUGUCAGGCAGGGGUACCUUCGCGGUCUUCUCGAUUCUAUAACAGCCCUCGAGGGCUAUCGAUCACAGCCUUUUGAGAAAAUUCCAGUGAUUUACUGGAUCGGCUAA